UCACCAUACUCCCUCAUGCCGGAGGCCCGGGAAUCCAUCACCAAGGUCCAGGAGGCCCUGUCUUCACGGCAAGCCCACCGCUAUGAGCCCAGCCUGCCUUUCCAACUGGUUAUCCUGGGUAAGGCCCCGCGCUUACACGGGCUCAUUUUUCAAUGGGACACUGCAUUGAAGGAUCCAUUCCUUAUCAUCGAGUGGAUCUUUACACAUAACCAGCCCACUAAGACUAUUACCACUCCGCAGGAAAUCAUGGCUGAACUCAUUAAAAGAGCUAGAGUCCGUCUCCACACUCUUGCAGCCUGUGAGUUCACAUGUAUCUUCCUCCCAUUGGCAAUUGGAAGUUUGGAGCCUUUGCUCCAAACCAAUGAGAGCCUUCAGUUUGCUCUCGAUAGCUAUUCAGGCCAAAUUUCUAUACACCCACCUGGCCACAGACUUUACAAAACUACAUUUAAUUUGGUCCCCAAAUCAUUGCAGAGCAAAACACUGCUCAAGGCUCUGAUGGUUUUCACAGAUGGCUCAGGGAAAUCCCACAAGUCAGUCAUGACUUGGAAGGACCCCAGGACACAGAAAUGGGAGUCUGAUGUCCAAGUGGUCGAGGGAUCACCACAGAUUGCUGAAUUAGCAGCCGUUGUCAGAGCUUUUGAGAAAUUCCAAGAACCUUUCAAUCUGGUGACUGAUUCGGCUUAUGUGGCUGGAAUAGCUAUGAGAGCAGAACAUGCAUUUCUAAAAGAGGUCUCUAACCCAAAUUUAUACAAAUUGCUUUCUGAAUUAGUAUAUCUUAUCUCCCACAGAAAGCAACCUUACUAUGUCAUGCAUGUGAGGGCGCACACUGACCUUCCAGGUGCCAUUGCCGAAGGAAACAGGAGGGCAGACGCCUUAGCCAUGCCUGCUGAGGCAGCCAAUGUCCUGGACAUUUUCGCACAAGCGAAAUUGUCCCACCAGUUCUUCCACCAAAACGUGCCUGCACUGAUGAGAAUGUUCAGACUACCCAGAGACCAGGCUAGACCAAUAGUUGCCACCUGUCCUAAUUGUCAAUCUUUCCAAAUCGUUAACUCCGGGGUUAACCCCCGAGGACUGAACAGCUGCCAGAUAUGGCAAACUGAUGUCACUCACGUCCCGUCCUUCGGGAGAGUCAAAUAUGUACAUGUGUCAGUAGACACCUUCUCUGGUGUACUGCUUGCCUCAGCCCAUGCAGGAGAAAAUGCCAAGCACACCAUCCAACAUUUUCUCCUUGCUUUUGCUACCCUGGGAGUCCCAGAACAAAUUAAAACAGACAAUGGACCUGCUUACACCUCUCACAAAUUAAGAGACUUUUUCAAUCAGUGGGGAGUGAAACACACCACGGGCAUUCCUCAUUCCCCCACAGGGCAAUCAAUAGUAGAGAGAACCCACCAAAACCUGAAAAGAGUCCUUGAUCACCAGCGGGGAGGAACAGAAAUCAUUCCCCCCAUUGAGAGGCUCUGUAAGGCUCUAUAUGUCAUGAACUUUCUAAAUUGCUCGUCUACAGAGCCUGACCCCCAUGUAAUUCAGCACUUUUCUAAUUCAACUCAUGCCAAACUCACAGAGAAGCCACCAGUGCUGAUCAAGGAUCCUGAAUCACAACUGACAUCAGGACCUUUCCCACUGAUUACCUGGGGGAGAGGGUAUGUGUGUGUGUCCACACCAUCAGGACCUAAGUGGCUCCCAGGGAAAAAUGUAAAACCUUAUUUAGGCGCUACAAACCCUAUACCAGACUCAAAACUUUCAAAGUCUCCUGAGACCCACACAGGUCCAGAAAAACAGCAGUCCACUGCAGCCUGGAAACGGAGACGUCGUUGGAGUCCACCAAACCGACCUGCCACCAGACCAACAACCAGACAGAGGCCAAACCGUCCUGCUACCAGGGCCGCAAUGAGACGACUGCCAACGUCAUGCCUGACACCGUGACAGUACACAAGUCUUCUUCUCCCUCUCCCUUCCCCUUCUUGCCCUCGUUGCCUAGCCCAAAUUGCCAGUUUACACCAAAAUGCACCUCGGUGCUGCUGCUGGUGUCAGGUCAUGUGAACCCAAUACAUAGAAUAACCCUGCUUAUAAUUGUGUUUUUUUUUAAAGGGGGGGGGGCAGGAGAGAAAGGGAAAAAAGAAAAUAGCCCCCCCCCCCUCCAAAAAUCAGAGCUAAUCUUUUAUGUCCUGUUCUAGA